AGCAUCUGCUUCAACAAAUAUUGUAUUGCAACAACUUGACAUUGCUUGUCAUCAUUAACAUUUCUUGUUAUAAGUAAUCCGAAAACUUCGUCUAACUGCCUUAUGUCAAAAGCUAAAGAGUAGUGCAUAACAAGAAGGUCAAGGCAUAGUUAUUUACAAGUGCAGCAGCUGUUUCGGCGUGCUUACUAUAUAGUUCAGAAAACUGGCUCACACAAGCACCAGCAGCAUGCGACGGAACAACUACCCCUACCAGCCCCUCAAUCAACAGCCAGCUUCAAGCGGCAGCGCACCUGCUCACGAUUCGUUGGAGGCGGAAAACGAACGCGCCGCUGAGGAAUUAAAACAAAAAAUUGGCGCACUCAAGUCGCUGACCAUCGACAUUGGAAACGAGGUGCGCUACCAGGACAACCUUCUGCGCGGCAUUGACGAUGACAUGGAUCGCACAAGUGGCUUUCUAGGCAAUACGAUGACGCGAGUAGUACGACUGGCAAAACAGGGUGGCGGCAGCCGGCAAAUGUGCUACAUGUUUCUUUUUGUGCUCACCGUCUUUGUGUUGCUCUGGCUAACGUUAAAGUUCAAGUAGUAGCGGGGAUGAUAGGCCAUAUGCAUAUGAAGAUUGUUUUUUCUAAAAUAUACUUACAAAUUUUA